AUGUUGUCAAAUCUGUCAACGUAUUACGGCGAAGAGUUGAUUCCAGGUCGCAGCGGCAGCCGCGACAGUGGGGUUGCUGUAAAUGGUGUAGAUGGCAACGACACAACAGACAGCGGUUGCAGCACUCAUGGAGGUACCUCUGGAGAUAGCAACACGGCCGCUUUCGAGCCGGUGGCAAUUUGCGGUAUGGGAAUGAGGCUUCCUGGAGGUGUGAACGAUCCAGAUGCCUUUUGGGAUAUGCUCGUGAACAAGCGCGACGGGCGAUGUCCGGUGCCCAAAGACCGCUAUAAUGCUGAGACAUGGCAUGCGCCAGGCAAAAAGAGGCAUGUUCCUAGUGAUCAUGGCUACUUUCUGGACGGAAGCAUCAAUAUCAAGAACGCCGAUGCUUCCUUUUGGUCAAUGACCAAGAAAGAGCUCGAGAUAUUGGAUCCUCAGCAACGUUUAAGUCUGGAAGUCGUCUACGAAACACUUCAGAGAGCAGGUCAAAAGCCCUCUGAGCUCCGAGGAAGGAAGAUUGGUGUUUGGGUUGGCAGCUUUGGCGGCGACCGGGCUGAGCUGGACGCCGCCGACCCACAAACCGUUCAUCCCUACAACUUACUCAAUGGCUUCGACUUUAUGCCGGCAGAUCGAAUUCACUACGAGUUCGGCUUCAUGGGUCCGAGCGUUACUGUUCGAACAGCUUGCAGCUCCUCACUGCUGGGCUUACACCAAGCCUGCUAUGCUCUGAUACAUGGCGAUUGCGAAGCAGCGGUUGUAGCCGGCACUAGCAUCAUAUACUCGCCCACUCUCACAGCCACGAUGAACGAUCAUAACGUUCUAUCUCCUUCAGGUACAUGCAAGACGUUCGAUGCUGAGGCAGACGGCUUUGUACGUGGAGAGGCUGUCGUCGCUAUUUACGUCAAGAGGCUCAGCGACGCGGUUCGAGACGGGGACCCAAUCUGCUCAGUGGUUCUUUCCACAGCCAGCAACUCUAGUGGCAAGUCUUCCACGAUGACAGCACCGAAUCCAGAUGCCCAGGAAGACUUGAUCCGGAGAGCACACGAGGUCGCUGGCAUCAAGGACUAUUCCAGGACGGCGAUGAUGGAGUGUCAUGGGACAGGGACCCCAGUUGGUGACCCUCUCGAAUGCGAGGCUGUGGGACGCGUCUUCGGAGAUCAUGGCGGCAUCUACAUUGGCUCUGUGAAGACCAAUAUUGGACACGUUGAAGGUGCCGCUGGCCUUGCCAGUGUCUUGAAGAUGACGCUUGCUCUUCAAAACGAUAUGAUACCGCCAAAUGCCAACUUCAAAUCUCCCAACCCCAAGAUCCCGUUCGAUCGCUACCAACUAAAGGUUCCUACACAAGCCAUUCCUUGGCCCCAGGGGAAAGACAGAGUCGUCGGCGUCGGGUCGUACGGUGUUGGUGGCUCCAACGCUUACGCCCUCCUGGCCUCAGUCGACCACGUCGGGAUUAAAGAUGACAGAAGAAGGACGAAAACAACAAAACCGCUGCCAAUUGGUUUAGAGUCCCCCAAGCUACUUCUGUUCUCCGCCAAGCAUCCCCAGGCGCUUGAAAAGAUGGUGAAGCGCCAUCAGGCUUAUAACUUAGCCCACCCAGACCGAUUGAGCGACGUAGCGUAUACCUUAGCAAAGAAACGGGAGUUGCUAAGCUACCGCGCUUGCUGCGUGUCGAAUGGUAUUGAUGACUUCCCAACACUCAGGCCGCCUCGACAUGGUUUUUACGACCCUGCUCACUUGGUUUUCGUGUUCACGGGACAGGGCGCGCAGUGGGCACAGAUGGGGAAGUCCCUCGUGGAGAACAUUCCAUCGUUCAAACUUUCAUUGGAAGCGAUGGACAGUCUGUUGCAACAGUUACCAGACAGUCCGACAUGGAAUUUAAUAGACGAGAUGUUGGCACCGAAAGGAACUUCCAGAAUCAACAACGGGCAAGUCUCGCAGGUUUGCUGCGCAGCUCUUCAGUUGUGUCUUGUAGACCUCUUAAAGACAUACAACAUCAAGCCAGCAGCGGUGCUGGGCCACUCGUCAGGAGAAAUCGCAGCGGCGUACGCCUGUGGGGCAAUUACUCAACGCGAAGCCAUCAUCAUUGCCUACUAUCGUGGCAAGGUAUGGGGGGCCGUAGAGAACUCAAUUGGUGGUAUGGCUGCCAUCGGGAUGGGGAAAGCGCAGGUCACGCCAUACCUUCGGCCCGGCGUGUUGGUCGGAUGCGAAAACAGCCCAAACAGCGUCACACUAACCGGAGACAAGACUUCUAUCGAUGUGGUAGUCAAGGAGAUAAAGAAGGCACAUCCGGACGUGCUUGCCAGAGCUCUGCAGGUGGAUAGGGCAUAUCACUCCCAUCACAUGCAAGCAGUUGCUUCGCAAUAUGUCGACCUGCUUCGACCACACGUGCAGCCUCGUGACCCAAAGACGCCCUUUUUCUCUAGUGUCACGAACCAGCUCAUAUGCAAGGGGACUGAACUUGGCCCCGAUUACUGGGUACAGAACUUGGUAUCACCGGUUCUCUUCAGUGGAGCUGUGAGCAAAGCAUUGCACACCCUUAAUUCCGAGAAGGCUUUCCUAGAGAUCGGUCCACAUUCUGCUCUUGCAGGUCCUAUUCGACAGAUCUUAGGGGCUGAGAAAAUCAACGCCGAGUAUAUCGCCACCCUCAUUCGCGGCCAGGACGCUCACCAAGAAAUCCUCCGUGCUGUGGGCGAGCUGUGGCUACGUAAUCAUCCGGUGGCCUUGGAUGGCGUGUUCGAGGAAGGAGACAUUCUGACAGACCUCCCGUCGUAUCCUUGGCACUACGAAGGGCCACUAUGGCAUGAGUCUAGGCUAUCUGAAGAGUAUCGUCUACGCCAGUUUCGGCAUCAUGAACUCCUUGGCAGCAGGGUGUUGCAAAGCACAAACACAAGCCCAGCUUGGCGAAAUUUGCUACGUCUAGAGGAUGUGCCCUGGAUCGCGGAGCAUGAAGUUGAAGGGGCCAUCAUCCUUCCAGGCGUCUCCUAUCUGUGUAUGGCUGGUGAGGCUGCUCGACAGCUCACAGGAAAAACAAACUUUAUAUGCAAACAAGUUCACUUCAGUGCGGCUCUACCCAUGACGUACGAAAGUCAGAUGGAAAUCAUUACUCAACUCAACCAAAUACGCCUGACCGACUCAAUUGACUCGGAUUGGUACGACUUCACCAUUUCCAGCUACCAGGACGGAGGCUGGGUGAAGCACGCGUAUGGAAAGGUCCGAGGUGACUGUGAAUUGUCGAAUAUUAGCCUGGGACAGUGUGAUGCCAAAGAUUUUAGCAGCGUCUUCUCGAGGGUGUGCUCCUCCGCCUCGUGGUAUCGCAAGUUUAGGUCCCUAGGCCUGGAGUAUGGUCCACGCUUCAGCGGCAUGGACAUCGCAGCCGAUCCCACAAAACCGCAGAUCAAGGGGACUUUGACGCUUGACCUACUACCGGAAGAGGAAAAGUACUAUUCUAUACAUCCAGGGGCGUUGGACCGUCUUGUUCAAAGCUUAUACGUGGCCGUCGCCCGUGGUCUCACGAGAAAUUGCAACUCGCUAGCACUCGUUGCUUACGUCGAUGAGUUCGCCUUUACAGCGCCACUAGUAGGAGCCCAGGAGCUGGAAUUUUACGCAAAUGUCACGGAACAGAGGCCUGGAUCGUUUCUGGGUAGCGUUGACGCUGCUCUCGACGGCGGUAGCGUAGUCGUGAGCUCCAAAGGGUGGCAGCUAUCGAGAAUCAGCGGCUCUGACGACGCGAAUGAGGUUUCUAAUCCACACGGAGCUGCAGAGCUUGAAUGGAGGGAAGAUAUUGAGUUCAUUGAUCCCUCUUCUCUGAUCCGAUCUGCGAUAGACGCCUCAAAGGCGGAGCUGUAUCGGCUGCUCGACCGGUUCAACAUACUUUCCCUCACCCGAACACUCGACAGCAUACGCCACAUUGCGCACCCUACACGUGAACACCUAAGCAGAUACCGGAAAUGGCUUGAAGACACCGUCACUGGACUUGGUUCUGGCUCUCUCAAAUGCCCUGGAGUUCCAGACGCUGAGUAUCUCGUCAGUUUGGCGUCGAAAGAUCGAGAUGUCCUGCUUUCAUCGCUGUUCAAAGACCUUGAAAAAAGCGAGGUCCAUGCUCCUGCAGCAGCUAUUCAUCGUAUCAGCUCUUCCUGCGAAGGAAUCUUCAAUGGCGAUGUCAGCGAGCUUGAGCUUCUUCUGGCGGAUGGCGUACUUCAAAACGUCUACAACUGCCUUCUUCUAGACACUGACUCGUCAAGGCUAUUAUCACUGAUUGGGCAUAAGAAGCCAAACCUUCGAGUGCUGGAGAUCGGGGCCGGAACUGGAGGUGCGACGGCUAGCACGCUCCGGAGCUUGACAUCGAGUCACGGCCAGAGGAUCUAUCAGUCCUACACCUACACUGAUAUAUCCAGCGGCUUUUUUGCAGAUGCAAAGAAGAGGUUCGAAGAAUACGGGGGAAUUGAAUUCGCCAUCCUUGACAUCAGCAAAGACCCCUUGGAGCAGGGAUUCCAGGCCGAGUCAUACGACCUCAUUAUUGCAUGGAACGUCAUACAUGCCACACCAAACCUUCACGAGUCGCUCAGUAACAUAAGGAAGUUGAUACACCCUGAAGGACGGUUUCUACUGCAAGAGAUAUUUCCGAUCACGCCCUGGAUCAACCAUUGUUUUGGCGUCAUCCCAGGCUGGUGGCUUGGCGAAGCCGACGGUCGCGUUUCCACGCCCCAUGUCAGCUUUGAGAGAUGGAAGAAGGAGCUGUCGGACUCCGGAUUCGGUGAUAUUUCAAACAGUUUCGACGGUUACACGAACAACAACAUCAUUUGCCGGCCGUCACAACCUAUGCCCUCGUCGACACGAGUUACACUUCUAAAGUACAAGGGACAAGAUACUAAGCAGCUUUUUGAGGCUCUGCGGCGGGCUUCAUACGAAGUCGAUGAAUACACCUUGGAGGAUUCGGAAGCGAUUCUAAACCCAGAACAAGACGUCAUAUCCGUACUCGAUGUCCUUUCUCCCUUUUUCGCCGGUCUGACAGAGGAAAGAUUUGCACACUUUCAGCGAUUCGUCAAGAAUGCCCACGACAGUGACUGUGGUAUUUUAUGGCUUACUGGCCAAUGUCAGGUCGGCGAGAAGAUUCAAUCAGAGUACGCUCCGCUUUUUGGCUUAUCUCGCGUUCUGCGGACAGAGCUAGGGCUUGAUUUGGCCACUCUUGAACUCGAAAGUUUCUCCCCGGCGGCCAUCGCUCAUGUUUUCCCGAAGGUAUACAGCCAGUUCGGGAAGCGCGUCAAGAAUGACCCGGAGAGCAACCCCGAGUAUGAAUGGCUGUACAUGGACGACAAAAUUCUGAUCAGCCGUUAUCAUCAUAUUAACCUGACAGCUGAGUCUCAAGUGCUUCCAGAAAGCAUGGGUGUGCGAAAGCUCUCCCAGCGCAAGCCGGGACUCACUGACACACUGUACUGGAAGCCAAUGAUAACUCCAGCGCUCAACAAGGAUGAAGUCAAGAUCAAAGUGAAGGCCGUCGGCAUGAACUACAAGGACGUUCUCAUUGCUCAAAGUAUUAUCACCGAUACAGCGGCUAUUCAGGAUGGACUUGGUCUAGAAUGUGCCGGCAUUGUCUUGGAAGUCGGCCCCGAUGUAGACAGGGUCAAGGUGGGAGAUCGCGUCAUGGCCAUAUCUAGCGGGUCAUUCACAAACAUCAAAGUGACGUCCCAGCAGCUAUGCUGCAGGAUACCGGACCAGAUGAGUUUCGAAGACGCUGCCGUGAUUCCUGUUGCAUACUGCACUGCUUUUCAUGCGCUAUUCACCCAAGGUAAAGCAAUCAAAGGAAUGAGUAUCUUGAUCCACUCGGCUACGGGAGGUGUGGGCUUGGCGGCACUCCAGCUCGCUCAGAUGCUAGAAGCUGACAUUUACUGUACUGUCGGCAGUCAAAGUAAGAGAGACUUUCUCAUCGAGAAACUCGGAAUUCCCCCAGGCAAGAUUUUCAACUCCCGCGACUCAUCAUUCCUGCCGGGCAUCAGGGCAGCCACAAAGGGAUUGGGGGUCGACUUGGUCCUCAACCAACCAUCAGGAGAGCUGCUGCACGCUUCUUGGCAGUGCGUGGCUGAGUUUGGUACCUUCGUCGAGCUCGGCCGCCGGGACUUCCUUGGACAUGCGAAGCUGGCCAUGGACCAAUUUGAAUCUAACCGAACCUUCUGUGGUAUCGAUCUGGCACAUCUCUGGGCCCGCAAGCCCCGACUCGUUGGGGAUAUGCUGGAGCGAGUCAUAGAUCUAUGGACGCAGGGCCACAUUGAACCAUACAUCACCUCUACUCGUUCAGCCGCAGAAAUUUCCCAGCCCUUCCGACAAAUGCAACAGAGCCAGCACAUAGGCAAGAUCGUUGUAGCAUUGCCAGAAGAAGCUGAAUAUCAGCUGCUUCCCACCGAGCCCAUCCACAAGACGAUCGAACUACGGCAUGAUCGGUCAUAUCUCUUUACUGGUGGCCUGGGAUCUUUGGGUACCGUCAUUUCCUCCUGGCUUGUGGAAAAGGGGGCCAAGGAGAUCAUUUUCCUGUCUCGUUCUGCAGGUCGUCUGCCGGAACAUGCCUCUUUAGCCAAAGAGCUGGCAUGUCUGGGUUGUAAUGCCACAUUUGUUUCGGGCAACGUCGCCAAGUAUGACGACGUUGUUCGAGCAAUCGAAACCGCCAAAACGCCAAUCGGAGGGGUUCUUCACGCUGCUAUGGCUCUUCGGGACGCUAGCUUUCUCAGUAUGAGUUGGUCUGAGUGGCUUGCGGCAUCGCAGCCGAAGAUUGACGGAACUAGGAACAUCCAUGAGGCCUUGCUGGAGCGGCAGCCUGACGUUCCGCUUGAGUUCUUCUUCUUGUUCAGCUCCACAGCAGCUACAGGUGGAUGGUGGGGACAGGCCAACUAUCAUGCUGGGAAUUCCUACAUGGAAUCCUUCGCUGGUUACAGGCGAAAUCUGGGGCUAGCUGCAAGUGUUCUAAAUGUGGGCUUUAUCAGCGACGUCGGCUACGUGGCUGACCGACCUGAGGCAGCUGACUUGGCCAAGGCAACAGGUCAAUGGUUCAACACCGAGGUCGAGCUCCUGAACUGCAUUGAGCGGAUGCUGAUGGAACCUCCGACGGGCAACGGCGCUUCAGCUGCCUCGUGCCAUGUACAACCAUCUUUAUUGGCCAUGGGAAUGCGGUCUACCAUGCCGCUUACAUCGAAAUCGUGCCGUGUCCCGUGGAAGAGAGAUCGACGAAUGCUUGCCCUUCGCAACCUGGACUCGGAUGACAGCAAUAUUCCUUCAGGCUCAGACAGUAUGACGAAUGACGAGCUCAGCCACGCCAUCCGAGAGCUAAGCUCUAACAUCGUUUCGCUUCAAUCAGGAGAGACCACAGAAUUUCUAGCAACGCAUAUUGGGAAAACGCUGUGCAAAUUCCAGCUUAGGCAAGACACCGACCUCGACUUCCAGGCUCCAUUAACGGACCUCGGUCUAGAUUCCCUAGUAGGAAUAGAAGUGCGAGCCUGGAUCAGGCAAUGGAUGGGCGUAGAUCUGGCCACGCUUGAGAUUACCGGGUCCAAAAACCUAGAGCAGCUUGCUACGGCGGUGCAGAAAAGGAUGAUUCAGAAAUACAACUCUAAGACAUGA